GCUAAAAUGUUUUCUUGUUCUUGAAUCUGAUACUAAGUCUGACACAUGCUCUCUAGUCUGUUCCACUUCAAAACCUGCUGCUUUUCAUUCAAUGGAGGGCCCUCUCCUAGUAUGCGACUACUAAUAAUAUUAAUUGGGCUCUUUCGUGACCACGAAAAGCUCUCUCUCUCUCAAUACAUGCACUUGGUUUUGAGGCUGAGGUUGAAACGCUUGCUUUUCUAGUUCCUAGUGUCAAUGAUAACGAAAGACAGUGCUGUUUUUGUUCUAGAGGUUGAGGCUGGUGAGUCUCUUAUUUUCAUGGUUUUCUGAGGUUUCCAUGUGGGAACAUCACACGGGACCAGUGCCAAAUUAUUCUAUGUUCGAAAAUUCUUCAUCAUAGUGAGACACGAAGACCCUCUUCCAGGACUUGACUUGGCGUUAGAAUUUAAGAGCUCCGAGUUAGGUUUUGGAAAAUGCAAUCCAUCACUUUGGCCUAGAGGGUCUCCAUUCUUUUUGAAUUUCUUGCUGAGAUAUUGAGUUUCGCUGCCUUCUUUUCUUUUAAGCUUUGAAUUCGUGGAUGGUUUGGUUUUUAAGGUGAGGAGGUUUCGAAGCUUAAAUGUCUUCAAGUAACACAUGUAUGAUGUCUGAUGUAUCCAUAUUUCUUUGCUUACCUAGGAAAGCUCAGUGACGUUUCCUUCCUUUUGACUAUGAAAUUGAAGCAUGGUUUUGAUGGUUUGAUUAUGAGGUUUCCGUGCUCAUUAAAGUCUGACCUAUAGGAAACUUCACGGCUUCUAAGGCUUCCAGGCUAUACAGUUCGUAUGAGCGAAGUGGAAAAUUCAAUUUUGAUUUUGAUAUUUGAUACCUGAUUUAGAAGAAUAUAAAUUAAAUCCAAAUUUCAAAGUUGCACUUGUUUCUUUCAGUGGUUGUUGUUUUUCAUUUCUAUAGUGUUCUGUUCUUAAUUGUCCACUGCAGUCCAGUUGUCUGCUUUAAUUUCCUAGUGAAUCCUUGCUUCCACUUGGCACUACUGAAUAUGGUUUGGGGCUCAAUUUGCGAGAUAUACUUCCUCAUGACAACACUUGCUUAAUCUGCUUCCUUUGUACAGAUUCUAAGUUGUAACCCACAGUUUAGCAACUUCUUCUGAAAGGCAAUUUAGUGAUUUGAGUUUCCCAUCGAUGGCUGAUGAAGAUGAUUCAUAUCCACCGAUGGACGCGAAGAGAACUCCUAUUUGCAUUUUCUUUAAGGAUGUCAGAUAUGUUCUUAAAUUGGAUGAACUUGGGUUAGAAAUAGCACAAAUAGCAUUUCCUGCGGCUUUGGCUUUUACAGCCGACCCAAUAGCCUCUCUGGUUGACACAGCAUUUAUCGGCCAAAUAGGUCCAGUAGAACUUGCUGCUGUUGGAGUUUCUAUUGCUCUAUUUAAUCAAGUAUCAAGAAUUGCAAUAUUCCCUCUUGUCAGUGUCACAACUUCUUUUGUUGCGGAAGAAGAUGCUAUAGGAAGAGUCAGCCCUGAAGAAGAAGAUAGUGAAUCCUUGGAAACAGGUUCUACUGUGAACAGUGAAAACAAAGAGUUGAUACCGCAAAAUUAUUCUGCAGAAGGUCCAUGCAAGGCAAAAUCACCUGUUAGCAGCUUUGGAAUUGAUAAGAUUGAGAAUGAGAGAAGGUGCAUCCCAUCAGCCUCAUCUGCAUUGGUUAUUGGGGCAAUUCUAGGCCUUAUCCAAGCUACAUUCCUCAUAUCUGGAGCAAAACCACUAUUAAACUUCAUGGGAGUUGGUUCUGAUUCCCCUAUGCUGGGCCCUGCACAACAGUACCUGACUUUAAGAUCGCUUGGUGCUCCUGCAGUUCUCCUUUCCUUAGCCAUGCAAGGGGUAUUCCGUGGAUUCAAGGACACAAAAACUCCUUUAUAUGCCACUGUGGCUGGAGAUGUAACAAACAUCAUAUUAGACCCUAUAUUUAUGUUUGUUUUUGGCCUGGGUGUCAGGGGUGCAGCCAUCGCCCACGUAUUAUCCCAAUACCUGAUUUCAGUUAUACUCUUGUGGAGAUUGAUGAAACAAGUUGAUCUCUUACCUCCUAGUAUCAAACACCUGCGGCUGGGUCAAUUUCUUAGAAAUGGACUUUUAUUAUUGAUGAGGGUAGUUGCUGUGACAUUCUGUGUUACUCUUUCUGCAUCAUUAGCUGCGCGACAAGGAUCAACAUCAAUGGCAGCAUUUCAGGUCUGCUUGCAGGUUUGGUUGGCCACAUCUCUUCUUGCUGAUGGAUUGGCUGUUGCAGGGCAGGCAAUACUUGCAAGUGCAUUUGCCAAAAAGGACUAUGAAAAGGCAACAGCUACUGCAACUCGAGUAUUGCAGUUGGGAUUACUUUUGGGGUUGAUGCUUGCUGCUGUCCUUGGACUUGGAUUGAGAUUUGGAGCAAGAUUAUUCACAAGUGAUGCUGAUGUCCUCCACAUGAUUAGUAUAGGCAUUCCGUUUGUUGCAGGUACUCAACCCAUUAAUGCCUUGGCAUUUGUUUUUGACGGUGUCAACUUUGGAGCAUCUGAUUUCGCAUACUCCGCCUACUCUAUGAUGAUGGUGGCCAUUGUUAGCAUCCCAUGUUUGUUUCUCCUCUCCUCUAGUCACAAGUUCAUUGGAAUCUGGGUUGCUCUGACAAUAUACAUGAGUCUUCGUGCAUUAGCUGGCUUUUGGAGGAUAGGAACAGGAACAGGACCUUGGAACUUCCUCAGGAAUUUGUAGCAGCUUGUCUAUUCGUUGAACUAAUAGCGUUGCAGCCAUAUUAAGAACCUGUCAAACUGUGAUUCUGUCAGGAUAGGAACAGGACCCUGGAACUUCCUCGUGAAUUUGUAGCAGCUUGUCUAUUCUUUGAACUAAUAGCGUUGCAGCCAUAUUAAGAACCUGCAACUUAAUCAGUCACCAUAGUCACAUGCAAAACAUUUUGAUUCUACAAGAAAUUUCCCUGCCUUCUUUGGUUGGUUGUUUCAGGUUAAAUGGCAUGACGUGUAAGACCUUGUUAUAUUCCUUUCAUCCUCUGUAAAGUAGAUAGGAUGAAUUUUAAUUUUUACUCAAGCGAUGAUAUGAUAUCAAUUUUAAAAA